ACCACCAUUGGCCCAACUUCAACAACCAGUGUUCAAACUACAACUACUGCUUCAUCAACAACCACCACUGCUCCCCCAACAACCACCACUGGCCCAACUUCAACAACCAUUGUUCCAACUACACCUACUGCUUCAUCAACAACCACCACUGCUGCCCCAACAACCACCAUUGGGCCAACUUCAACAGGCAGUGUUCCGACUACAAGUACUGCUUCAUCAACAACCACCACUGCUGCCCCAACAACCACCACUGGCCCAACUUCAACAACCACUGUUCCAACUACAGCUACUGCUUCAUCAACAACCACCACUGCUGCCCCAACAACCACCACUGACCAGAGUUCCACAACCAGAAUUCCAACUACAACUACUGCUUCAUCAACAAUCACCACUGCUGCCCCAGGAACCACCAUUGGCCCAACUUCAACAAGCAGUGUUCCAACUACAACUACUGCUUCAUCAACAACCACCACUGCUGCCCCAACAACCACCACUGGCACAACUUCAACAACCACUGUUAAAACUAAAGCUACUGCUUCAUCAACAACCACCACUGCUUCCCCAACAACCACCACUGGCCCAACUUCAACAACCAUGGUUCCAACUACAGCUACUGCUUCAUCAACAACCACCACUGCUGCCCUAGAAACCACCACUGGCCCAACUUCAACAACCACCACUGGCCCAACUACAACUACUUUUAUCCCAUCAACAACUGGAGCCCUAUCAACAACUGCCAGCCCUUCAACAACAAGCACCACUCAAACUACAACUGCUGCAGCAUCAUCAACAACCACCACUGCUGCCCCAACAACCACCACUGGCCCAACUUCAACAACCACUGUUCCAACUACAGCUACUGCUUCAUCAACAACCACCACUGCUGCCCCAACAACCACCACUGACCAGAGUUCCACAACCAGAAUUCCAACUACAACUACUGCUUCAUCAACAACCACCACUGCUGCCCCAACAACCACCACUGGCCCAACUUCAACAACCAGUGUUCCAACUACAACUACUGCUUCAUUAACAACCACCACUACUGCCCCAACAACCACCAUUGGCCUAACUUCAACAACCACUGCUCAAACUUCAGCUACUGCAACCACCACUCCAACCACAACCACAACUACUGCUGGCCCAACGUCAACAAUUUCCACUCCUUCAAUACUAACCACUGCUCAAAUUAAAGCUGCUGAUGCAACCACGACUGCUGUACCAACAACCAACAGCCCAAGUACAACAACUGCUGCUCAAACUACAAUUACAAGUAUUCCUACAACAACUGCUCCCCCAACAACCACCACUAUUCCAACUGAAACUACUGCUUCAUCAACAACCACCACUGCUGCCCCAACAACCACCACUGGCCCAACUUCAACAACCACUGUUCCAACUACAGCUACUGCUUCAUCAACAACCACCACUGCUGCCCCAACAACCACCACUGACCAGAGUUCCACAACCAGAGUUCCAACUACAACUACUGCUUCAUCAACAACCACCACUGCUUCCCCAACAACCACCACUGGCCCAACUUCAACAACCAUGGUUCCAACUACAGCUACUGCUUCAUCAACAAUCACCACUGCUGCCCCAGAAACCACCAUUGGCCCAACUUCAACAACCACCACUCCAACCACAAUUACUGCUCCAGCAACAACCACCACUGCUGCCCCAACAACCAUAAUUGGGCCAACUUCAAUAAGCAGUGUUCCAACUACAACUACUGCUUCAUCAACAACCACCACUGCUGCCCCAACAACCACCACUGGCACAACUUCAACAACCACUGUUCCAACUACAGCUACUGCUUCAUCAACAACCACCACUGCUGCCCCAACAACCACCACUGACCAGAGUUCCACAACCAGAGUUCCAACUACAACUACUGCUUCAUCAACAACCACCACUGCUUCCCCAACAACCACCACUGGCCCAACUUCAACAACCAUGGUUCCAACUACAGCUACUGCUUCAUCAACAACCACCACUGCUGCCCUAGAAACCACCACUGGCCCAACAUCAACAACCAGUGUUCCAACUACAACUACAGCUUCAUCAACAACCACCACUGCUGGCUCAACAACCACCAUUGGGCCAACUUCAACAAGCAGUGUUCCAACUACAACUACUGCUUCAUCAACAACCACCACUGCUGCCCCAACAACCACCACUGGCCCAACUACAACAACUUUUAUCCCCGCGAGCACCACUCAAACUACAACUGCUGCAGCAACCACGACUGCUGUAUUGAAAACAACUGAUGACUUGACAACAACCACCAUUGGCCCAACUUCAACAACCAGUGUUCAAACUACAACUACUGCUUCAUCAACAACCACCACUGCUCCCCCAACAACCACCACUGGCCCAACUUCAACAACCAUUGUUCCAACUACAGCUACUGCUUCAUUAACAACCACCACUGCUGCCCCAACAACCACCAUUGGCCUAACUUCAACAACCACUGCUCAAACUUCAGCUACUGCAACCACCACUCCAACCACAACCACAACUACUGCUGGCCCAACUUCAACAAUUUCCACUCCUUCAACACUAACCACUGCUCAAACUUCAGCUGCUGAUGCAACCACGACUGCUGUACCAACAACCAGCAACCCGAGUACAACAACUCCUGUUCAAACUACAACACCAAGUAUCCCUACAACAACUGCUACCCCAACAACCACCACUGGCCCAACUACAACAACUUUUAUCCCAUCA